AUGGUUGCUAUGGUGUUGCUAGGGUGUGGUCAAGAGGCAGGUGAAGGCCCCUUUAUGGAGACACUCCAUGUCACCUCCCAGCUGACGCACCAGCAGGCCCAGAUGACGAAGCUUUCCUGGGCUACUCAGGCUGCGUGCAAGGACAGGAGGUUGCUCCUGAAACACCUAGCUGACAUUGAGACCCAGAGAGCAGCAACUGUCCAGCUGCAGAAGCAGGCUGAGGCCUACAGAAAGGCUUCUGAGCAGGACACUAAGGUCCUCCGCCCAGAGGUGCAGCAUAUUGAGGCCCGGACCUUUGACCUUUUGGGGGAACACCAGGAGAUGGUGGACAAGUCCUCAGAAGAUGUUCAAUAUAACGAGGUCUCUACAAAGAAGCUUCAUAACCUGCCUCUGGCUAAGCAAGGCGAGCUGGAGGAGACCUUUCAGAAGAAAGACCUGCUUCUGGUUGAGCAAGGUGAGCUGGAGGAGACCUCCCAGAAGAAAGACCUGCUUCUGGUUGAGCAAGGCGAGCUGGAGGAGACCUCCCAGAAGAAAGACCUGCUUCUGGUUGAGCAAGGUGAGCUGGAGGAGACCUCCCAGAAGAAAGACCUGCUUCUGGUUGAGCAAGGCGAGCUGGAGGAGACCUUUCAGAAGGACGACCUGCUUCUGGUUGACCUUUCAAAGUCCUAA